UAUUUCACAUUACAGAACCCUCUCUCUGAUAUCCUUUAACUAUACCCCAUGUUGUUACCUUCCAAGUUUAAUCUCCUCUCACUUCUUUUACUUUUAUUGCUCAAGCCCUCGUGGUUUCAUGGUGGCCUUGUUUUCCAGCUCUAUCUAUCUAUCUGUCUGUCUGUUUGAAGAUAUUCCUUUUUCUCUGUUAAAAAAAAAAUCUAUUUCUCUCUUCUGUGCUUGCAAGAUUUUUCCUUUGAUUUUCUUAUUGUUUACGUCUUAGCUGACCUUCAUUAGGGUUCUUGUGCUUUUCUAAGUGUUUGGCGUUUGGUUUUCACCUAAAAAGUUUAGUUUUUGUCAAUUGGGUAGACAUGGAUUUGUGCUUUUUUUUUUCUUUCUAAUUUUUGCUCUGUUUUGGGAUGUUUUCCUCGUCCUUGUUGAUAAUGUGGGAUGGGAUAAAAAAAACUGUUGCUUUGGAGCUGGUUAAUUUAUUUUUUUGCUUUUUGUUUUGAUUUACUAUGAAUAGCUUGUGGAUGGAUUGAUUUGUUCUGACAUGGUUGGAAUUGUUUCUGCUGGUUAAAUUCGCCUACAGAACUUGUUUCUGUUGUGUGAAUUUGAGUUUCUGAUACUUCUGAAGUGGUUUAUGCUACUGAGAAACACGUACUUUUUUGUAUGAGAGAAUUGAAAAGAAUGUUUUGUGAAAUUGGCAGAGAUGUAAAAUUGUUGCAUGUGGAUAGUGUAUAGAAGCAUGAAUAGGAUGAGAGGGGGAAUUGAAGAGAGCAAGGAGAUUAGUCCAAUGUUUCCAAGAUUGCAUGUUAAGGAUGCUGAGAAAGGAGGACCAAAAGCACCCCCAAGGAAUAAGAUGGCACUCUAUGAACAAUUCAGCAUCCCUUCUCAAAGUUUUGCACCAGCAUCAGCAUCCUUGUUUCCACUCCCGCUCAGAAACUACACAGCUCAUACAUCUUCAAGCCACAUCAGUAGUAAUCAAAGCAUCCAGUUCAACUCCAAUGCACCUUCUAUUCUGGCUGAGAAGAGUCAAGCUUACAAUUUUAGAAGGAGUAACUUAACCAAAUACACGCAAGACAAUAUCAUCAAUAGUAAGAAUUCUCUGAAAGCACUUGAUGGUGAAGAUGUUUUUAUAACUUCUGCUUCUGCACAUGGAAAAAGCUCAUGCUGUAACAUCAUCCAAAGUAAUAAAGAUGAAGACGGUUGUAAUUUGAGCUGUUCUCUUAAAAAUCGGAGUUCAUUUAGAAAGAAGGUGAAUUCACCUGGUGUGGUAGACCUGAAGUCAGCACAAUAUGGGAAGAUCCAGAUGGAGGAGCUUACAAAAGUGAGUCAAAAUGGUCAGAAGCCAGAGGAAGUGCUCUCGUUAGAUGGUUUUGGUGACAUGACAGAUGCAUCAUUAAUCUCAUUGGUGCAAGGUAGGGAUUCUAAAUCAAUGAAUAUAGAACAUAGAUCUUUGAAGGAUGAAAUUAGAAAUAUUUCAGUAGAUAGCUUGAAAACGUUGCAAGGUAGCAGUGUCCAUACACAUGAAGAACAUGCAGCUUUUGGGGACAAAUUCAACUCUAGGGACCAUCACAUCGAGAAGCCAGCAGCUAGUGAUGUGCACAAAUGUUCUGCAGAGUUAGAGAUUGGUAGAAGGUUCUUCCUUGACAAGGGAGCUGGGAACGAAGAUGAGGAGACAUCGGUUAUGCAUAUUUCCCCUGACAAUGUUGUAGGAGCUAUAGGUGAACAACAAUUUUGGAAAGCCAGAAGAACUAUAGUCAACCAACAGAAAAUCUUUGUCAUGCAAGUGUUUGAAUUGCAUAGACUGAUAAAGGUGCAAAGAUUAAUUGCAGGCUCACCCCACAUAUUUCUUGCAGAUAACCUUUUACUUAACAAGCCACCACCAAACCAAUCCACAACCAAGAAAUUUCAAUCUGAUUUUGUUGGUGAAAAACCAUCCUCAGUUGCUAAACUUGACAGUAAAUCCGUGAAGGCCCCUACUGCUGAGCAUGCUACAAACAGUGCAGUUGAGAAGAUUCCCAUUCCUUGUGUCAACAACAUAACCAAAGGCCAUGCUAAUCAGCUGCCGAACUAUGGCCAUCAGUUAGCAAACCUUCCAAUAGCCUCCUCGGAUACAAAUUCCAAACAGUCCUCAAGCUAUGUCUACCCUCCACCAGGAAACCAGUGGCUAGUUCCUGUCAUGUCACCAUCCGAAGGCCUAGUAUACAAACCAGUCAUAGGGCCAUGCCCUCCAAAUGCAGGCUUCAUGGCACCCAUAUACGGCACUUGUGGCUCGGUUAGCUUCAAUCCUUUAAGUAAAGAUGCUUCUUCAGAAGCAGCUCUUGCUCCAAGUUCUCACCAAAAGUUUGGAAUCCUUUCUGGUUCAUCUUUGCCCCAGUUCUUACCACCACCAUUCAUCCACAAUCCAUCUUCUAUGUCAGCUUCAGCUGUCGAGCAAAUGGGGCAGUCGAAUGGUCCUGAAAACCACAACUCAUGUGGAGAAGUCAAUUCUGCCAUACUGUACCAAAGUUCAUCUAACAUAUCCAGCCCCACAAGCCAAGUGAUGUCAAGAAACAUUUCAAUUCACCAAUCACCAAAAGAUAAAGAACCACAUAGAAGCACAGCCAGCAGUCCUUCCAAGAGGACGAGUGCUGGGGAAGUGCUUCCUUUGUUUCCUUUGGCUCCGACAUUUUGGCAAUCAGAAGAUAGGCACACUCAGGUUGAACUGCAGCCAAGAGUAAUCAAAGCCAUGCCUCAUAAUCCAAAAUCAGCUAGUGAAUCGGCUGCAAGGAUAUUCAGAUCAAUACAAGAAGAAAGGAAACAUUUGUAACUAGUAACAUGGUCUGUCCGUGACAUGACAUGUCUGUUUAUUCCUGAUAUUUCUAGUUUGACACUCUAACACUGUAUGUACCUAUAACCAUUUUUGUCUGAUAAUAAUAUUGCAUGGGUGGAAACUCAAGCAGAAGCAGCAGCAUUUGUAAAUUCAUGAAAACAGAGAAAAAAAAUAUUUGUACCAAUCACUUGAAGAAAUGCAGAGAUUAGCAGCUCUUUCGGCCUUGUACAAACAACUUAUUCAAAUUAUUCAUAAUAUCUUAACUGUA